CCGCUUUAGAAAAUUCAACGGAGAUGUAACGUUGAAAAAUCGACCUAGCGAACCACAAAAGACUGGACUUGUAUCGGACAAAUGUGGCGGACUUACAAAAUGGGCAGUAAUAACUACGAUUGCCCCAGACACGACUGAAACGAUGACCGUACUCUUGGAGAAGGCACCAGAGUUUUGUCUGCUAGUGGUUGGAGACAGAAAGAGCCCGGACACAUACCCCCUCAAGUCACACCAAGACCGUUGCAUCUACCUCACUAUUGAUAACCAACUAACGCUUUCCUUGGACAUUAUAUCAUUGACUCCUGAAAACUCGUUUAGCAGAAAAAACAUUGGAUUCUUAUACGCUAUUGCGAACGGUGCAAAGGUCAUUCUGGAUAUGGACGAUGACAAUGUUCCCAUCGAACUAGGCGGUAAAUUUUUCCCGAUGAUUGAGGAAGAAGGGCACGUUUGGAACCCCUACCCUUACUAUGGUGCUGCUCAGGCCUGGCCUCGAGGGUUUCCACUCGAUCGAAUCGUACCAUUAGAGCGAAAACUACCAACUCAACAAGUCAAGUGCCUACCUAUUGUUCAACAGUACAUGGCCAAUCGUGAUCCUGACGUCGAUGCCAUCUACCGUCUCUCACACUCCUUACCCAUGGACUAUAUCAGUGACAAGAAGCGAAUGGUCCUACCUCAUGGUGUGUUCUGCCCUUAUAAUGCACAGGCUACAAUGCAUCUGCACAAAGCUUUCUGGUCCAUGCUCCUCCCCAAAACUGUUAGUGGUCGCGUCUCAGACAUUUGGCGAUCGUACAUCUCCGAGUAUGUCAUGUCCUACAUUCCUGACGUGUGUAUGAUGUUUGCCCCACCAGCUGUUCGUCACGAGCGCAACUCUCACGACUAUAUGAGGGACUUCUACAGUGAGCUGCCUCUCUACAUGAUGGCCUCUCAGCUUGUGGAGACGUUGGCUAUUCACCCCCCACAGUUGGCUCCUCUGCAGGAGGUCCUACGAAACACCUACCUCAUGCUAUACGAGAUGGAAGUUCUGGAGGAAGAUGAUGUCAAGUAUGUCGUUGCUUGGAUUAAUGACCUGAACAAAAUUGGUUAUGAAUUUCCAUCGCUUUAAUUUUUGGCUUAAAACUUU